AUGGCGCGCGAACGCGCGGGGGCGAACGCGUCCACGUCGGAUGGUGGCGCGGAGGAGAGCGCGGAGGAGAGGCAACGCCGAGUGCGCGACGAGGACGCGCUCAUCGCCCGGGCGAAGGCGAUCAGGGAGAAGAUCAAAGCGUUGGAGGCGCGAACGGUGAAAACACACGAUGAUUCUCGAAGGAAGAGUCACUGGGAGUACGUUUUAACGGAGAUGACGUGGUUGGCUCGCGACUUUGCGAGCGAGCGGGAUUGGAAGCAAGAGACGUCGAGGCAGGUGUCUCACCUCGCCGCGGCGUGCGAAGGCGCUCCCAUGGAUCGUGAGGAGGCGGAGAAUGGUCGGAAAAAGGUACACUGCGCAAAGAUCGCUUCCGAGGUCGCCGAGUUCUGGGCCGAGGCGUGGGAGCGGGCGAAGGAGCGUCCGCUGCCGAACGCCACCGAGCUCGUGGACGGCGAGGACGAGGACGAGGAACAUACCUCGGAAGGCGGGGACGAGAACAAGAGCGAGGUCGACGAUGACAUGGAGGAUGUCCAGAAUGCGGACGGUGAGAACCCGGCGCAACGUCGUGCAACGCUCACCCCGGGUAGUGACCCGACCGAAGGAUCGAUGGAGCAGCUGGCAAACACACCGCCACCUCCGCCGGGCAUGAAGGUCAUCAACUCGUGGGCAUCCAACAAGUUGUACUUAGCCAUGGUUGAGAUGAAGCGUGACUUGGUGCUCGAUGCCAUAGAGAUCAAGGAGGCGAAGGAUCAGAAGGAGGCGAAAAAGACGGCAAAGAAGACGGCGAAGAAGCAAAAGGUGAUGAAAUCGACUCGCGGGCGCGGGGCGAAGAAAAAGGACGAACCCGAGGAGGAUCAGGAGGACGAUGGGGAGAACGGGGACGAUGGCGAUGCGAAAUCAGAUCGCAUCGCCUUGGCAGAGGCUCUGGAGAUGGACGGUAUGGAUAUGGACAUGGAUCUGCUCGCGCCGCCGACGCCUCCGCUCAUUGAUUCAUUUAUCCCAGUGAUUUACGACGCCGUCCCAGCCUUGACAGAGCGCGUUUACAGAGAAACAAUGCAAAUAGAGGCUCAGAAGUUCGCUGAGUACGAGCGCAGUCUGCGCGGUUGGGAAGAAAACGAGCGAAAACGCGCUCGAGCGCUCGCCGAGGCUACGCGGCACCAAGCAGAGGAGGAAGCUUAUCGUGCGACGAUGGAGGAGCGCCGCGCCUUCUUGGCGGCCGCUGCCGCGCACGGCAAUUACUUCGACGAGGAAGGGUACAUGGUCGACAUCAAGGGACGACGGAAGAAGAAUAGACGUGGCGAAUUUAUUCAGUUCGGUGUCCCGGGACACGAGGUGGAUAUGGAUUUUGGCGUUCCCAUUCCAAAGCGCUCGACGAUGCACAUGGACGAGAGGCGCCGCGCGAGGGAGGCAAAGAAGAAGCGCCGCGCCGGCGCCAUGCGUUCGUGGUCCCCCAUGGAGGAUCAACUCUUGUGCGCAAUCGUGCACGAGUUUGGCUCCAACUGGGCUCUCAUCACCGACGCCUUUGCCGCAGGCGCGCCGAUCAAGGGCACGUAUCAUCGCAUCGAACACUGCCGCUGGCGUUUCUCUCAUCUCACGCAAGUUGCUGAGCAAGAGCAGAAUAAGAACGCCAUUGCGGCGCUUAAUCUCAGUAAGAGUGGUGCUCGCAUGCUCAUCGCUCGCGCGCUUCCCGUCGAGGACGAGACGGUGCGCGUCCAUUUUGAUCGAUCGUGCGCUGUCAUGGCAAAGCACAUGAAGAUUCGCAAGGCGGCAAAAAUAGAACGACUCGGGAUGGACAAGUCUCGUCGGCACGCGCCGCACCGCUCCUGGCGUGACGUGCAAACGAUAUGUGGUCAGUUACUGAGUCCAGCCGAGUUGGCUGAGCAAACGUUCGGCGCGCCGCCUGUGGGCCCGAACGGCGGGCAACCCGGGCUCGGCGUACCGGGGGGUCAGCGUCUCGGGACGAUAUCGCCGAUGACUCCCAGUCGCGGUGCGGUCCCGGGAAUGGCUCCGGGAUCUGGGCAGCGUGCACCGCUCGGUGGCGUUCCUGGAUCGACGCUAGCACGGUCAACGUCCUUGCAGUUACAGCAGCUUGGCAGCUACUCCCCAUCCUCGGGCGGAGGGACUUCGAUGCAGAUCGGUGGCAUCGGUUCCUCGAUGCCGACAAGCACGAGUAACGCGCUCGCUCCGGGGUCGUACAACCUCUCCGGAAGCAAAUCUUCACCUGUCAAGAAGACGACGACGAUGAAGCGCAAGGGAUCCAAAAAAUCAUCAUCAGGAAGGAAACAGUACCGUUAG